AUGCAUCUCAUGUACACGCUCGACGCCGAGGGCAAGCGCGUCUACACGCUCAAGAAGGUCGUCGGCAGCGAGGUCACCAAGUCCGCCCAUCCGGCUCGCUUCUCCCCCGACGACAAGUACUCGCGCCACCGUGUCACGCUGAAGAAGCGCUACGGCUUGCUCAUCACCCAGCAGAAGGACAAAAUCGCGCUGGGCUCCCAGUAG